CCAUUAUUUUUUUAAUUAAGAAUUAAAAUAAGUCAUUUUAACCUUGACUCCCAUUGUUUUACAUGACCAUCACACUUCCCUCUUCACAAUCACAUACAUACACUGCAGUCAUUUGCAGCUGCACAAAAGCCAAAUGACACUGGUGACUGCACAAUUUGUCUUCUCUUCCCCCUCACCCACCAUUUCUUAUUAACAAUUUCAAACCCAGAAUCUCUCUUUCUCUGCAUCUUUCUCUUCCUUCUCCUUUUUCUGCAAACUGUAGCUUUUACUUUCAAGUCUACAUCUUUGUCUUGCCCACUCUAGAAAAGAGUAAAAAGAGCAAAACACAAAGGUAACAUCGCACUAUUUGUGGCCUCCAUUUUCCAAACCCUCCUCAAUCAUGCCAUCAGGUGCUAAGAAGAGGAAAGCUGCCAAGAAAAAGAAGGAAAAGGGAACCAAUACCACCCCAUCAACCAACAACCCUCAAGGAGAUAAUGAGUUGAAGUCCCAAUCUCAAGAUGAGAGAGGAAGUGAUGGCGGCGAGGGUGGUUCGCCCGCGUAUCGCGAUAGUGAGCAUGCAUUCGGUGGAAGGAAUGAAGAUGUGGUGGAAAGUGAUCCACCAGCUGCUCAGCCUUCUGCUGCUGUUGCCAAUGACAUUAAGAUUGAUGAUGAAGAAAGAGGUGGUAAGGAUUUGAUAGCUGAGAAGAGUGAUGAGGGCAAAGAUGUAAGUGUUGACAAUGUUGAAUCUGCUAAAGGAGUAAAGGAUUUCAAAGCUGAGGAGAGCAAUGAUGCAAGUGUUGUCCACAUUGAGUCUGCAAAGAAAUCAGAUUAUGUGAAUGGGAGCUCUGGUGGGAUUUCACAUGAUGAACCCUUCACUUUCACUACGAAGAGCUCAAAGGAUGAGCCCUAUAAUUCUGUAAAACCGACAGUUGCUUUUGAUGAGUUGGUUAAAUCCAUUGAUUCUUCGCAUGCCAAGAUGGCGUUGAUUGCUCAAAAUGCUCCGGUCGAGGAGACUGUUAAUGCAGUUGUGGAAUCUUCUGCUGGUUCUUUUGAAGCGGUGAGCUCUGCAUCUGUGCUGAAAAGAGAUACUGGAAAUGCUUUAGUAGAGAAAUCAGUGGGCUCUCAAGUAGGUUCAACUGAUAUUGCCGGGAAGAGCAACGAGGAUAAAGUAUAUCCAUUUUCUGAUGAGGAUGCUAGAGCAUCAAGUUUGGAGGAACCUAGGCCAAAGAAAUUUGACCUUAAAGUAUCAGCAUCAGUAUCUCAUGGUCGUAACCCUGAAUCUACCAAUGGUGCAGAACAUGCUAAAGAUUCUGAGACUCCAGAAUGCUCUGAAAAUCAGCCUCUAGUAGCAUCAGCUCCACACAUGGUGCAAAAAACCUCAUGGUUGAGUUGCUGUGGACUGUUUGAAGUUCUAUCAGGCUCCAGCAGAUAAUUUCAG